UCUCAGUAUAAGAAAUUAAACCAUGGUUACUGUCGUUCAUGUUUAAUGCCAGAAGAUGUAAAGUAAUGAUGUUGAACUUAGCAGCAGAGAGGGCUUCCAGCUGCGGAUGGCUGUUCAUGAGGUUGAGAGAUGAAGAGUAUAACGGAGAGAAGAGGGAGGUUGGUGGGUUGUGUGUGAAAGCAAGUGUCAUAGGAGGUGGUGGCCGAGUGAGGGCGACAAAUGAGAGGAAGGUGAACGGCGUGGUGGUCGGGGAGAACAAGGCGGCGGUGGCGGGGAGCUUGUUGCAGAAGGGAGGGGCUGAAGAGGAGGCUUUGAAUGCAUUCAAGUUAGGCAGAUUUGUUGAAGAGAGAUUUGUGUAUAGGCAGACAUUUGUAAUAAGGUCUUAUGAGAUAGGCCCUGACAAGACUUCCACCAUGGAGACACUAAUGAAUCUCCUUCAGGAGACAGCACUAAACCAUGUCAUGAGCUCUGGUUUAGCCGGAGACGGUUUCGGUGCGACUCAUGAGAUGAGCCUCAGAAAACUCAUUUGGGUUGUCACCAGAGUGAACAUCCAAGUUGAUAAAUACAGUAGCUGGGGGGAUAUUGUAGAGAUUGAUACAUGGGUAGCAGCAUCUGGCAAGAAUGGAAUGAGAAGAGAUUGGGUUAUUAGAGAUUACAGUACUAAAAAUAUACUUACAAGAGCUACAAGCAACUGGGUGAUAAUGCACAGAGAAACAAGAAAACUUUCAAAAAUACCUAAGCAGGUUAGGGAAGAAGUAAAUCCUUUUUACUUGGACAGAAGUGCCAUCUUUGAAUUUGAUGGUGAUAAAAUAAUAGACAAACUGAAUGAUGAAACAGCAGGAAACAUCAGAUCAGGUUUAGCUCCAAGAUGGAAUGACAUGGAUGCCAAUCAACAUGUGAACAAUGUGAAGUACAUUGGAUGGAUUUUAGAGAGUGUGCCGAUGAACGUGCUGGAAGACUACCACUUGAAAAGCAUGACGUUGGAUUAUCGACGAGAAUGCCGACAGUCACAGUUGCUAGAGUCACUCACGAGCAUGAAGACGAGUAUUACAGAAGUUACAAAUUCAGAGAAUUCAACACUUAGAAGCACACACCUGCUUCGUUUACAGGAGAACAAAUCAGAGAUUGUUAGAGCAAGAGCUCAAUGGCGCAUCAAAGAAAAGGCAUAACAUAGUCUUCAUAUUUUGGUGAGGGCAGUAAAAAGAAGCAUAUUUUGGUUGCAAAGAGAUUUUUUUCUGUGG